CCAAUUAAAGGGCCGAUUGGUAUCGCUCAUAAAAACGAGAGCUGUUGUGCAAUUUGAAGGGUCACUUUUUUAUGUGAAACCAUCAAAAUGGGUUCAACUCCUGGUGGAAUGGAAGGUAAUUUCCCGCCACCACCGACAGAGUUACCAUCAUUUUACAUACAGCAAAAACAGACAGCGUUUAUUCCACCGGUACCACCACAACUACAUCCUCCAUUAGAGUCACUUGCAACAACUCUUUCUUGUCCCGAUGCACCAUUAACCACAUUUCCACCUCUUCCUCCAUCUACCUUUCCUCCUGUGUCCUCUACCGUUACACUGCCGUCGACACAGCUCUUAGUAUCAUCAACACCGGUAAUUCAACCAUCUCCACCCUCCUCCUUUACGCAAUCCUCUGCGGCUCCCGUCGUGGAACAGUCUCUGGUAAUAGUUCCACCAGAAAGUCAUAAUAUUGCUGUUGCUGCUACAAAUAUACCGGUAACUGUUCACCAAACAGUAUCUUCAACACCAAUACUGCCAUCGAUGGUUGCACCAUCUGCACAAGUGAUGAUUCCAAUGAAUGCACAAGAAAUGGAACAAACAAAAUCAGAAAGAAAUGAUGAACCGAAACAAAUGGGUGUAUUGCAUUGGUUUCAGCAAACUGUGCAACAGUCAGAAUUCUUAUCUAAAAUGGCUAACAAAGCUAAGGUAGGAAUGGAUUCGGUAUUAACAGUACUGGAUCCUGGGAUGCGAGAUUUCCUGAAUGGUAACGAUGUGCUGCAUGCUAUUGUACUAUGUUACGCUAGUAACCAGAUUGUUGAUGCUGUUAGGCAUGGCCUACGUCAAACAUUUAGUGAAAUAAUAUUUAACGAAAUACCUAAAGAAGCAGAACUUAAUACUAACAUUCAGAUUGUUGGAUAUAAUUCGGCUUGGAAGAAAGUAAAGGAGCGUUUAGCUAAUCUUCGAAAUAAUAAUACUGUUAGUCCGGAGAUAACUUUAUUCGUUAUACAGCCGUUUUUAUAUCAAGUUGAUGAUUGUUGGUUUGAUACUGCUCUGCUACUAGCUCAGAAAGGAGACGUUGAAGUUAGUGUUUUUAUACAGGCAACACAAGUUGAUGCUGAUGUAAUCGCUACACUUCAGAAACAUACACCAAAGGGAUACGCAAGUGAUGCAUUUGCCACCACAGUUGGUUAUGCAUAUGCGGAAGUAUAUGGCGGUGAUUCAGAUGACUGGCAAAGAACUCUCCUUUCAUUUUCUUCAGCUGAACUCUAUCGAGCAGCAUCCAUUGCGCUUGCAACAAAUUUAAAGCGGAUUUUGUCGAUGAGAAAUUCUAGACCUUGA